GGUCAUACAUAGCGCGAUUUUUAUUUUCAACCGGUGCGAUCGAAAGACAUGUUCAAUAUGAAUUAAGUUUCCGUUCGGUUGGAUUUAUUUAUUCCCAGUUUCACACCAAGAGACUGUCAGCUUCUCGUAUGCAACAUGUGCCGCGAAGAGACGAGGAAAGAGAAAGUGUUGCCAUAUUAUUCUUUGGAUGACAUUCGCAAACAUGCUUCUCGCGAAGAUCGGUGGAUUGUGAUUGACGAUUUAGUUUACGAUGUAACUUCGUGGGGUAAAAUGCACCCGGGUGGUGAAAAACUCAUCAACAACCAUGCAGGGGAGGAUGCCACGGACGCAUGGGUUGCAUUCCAUAAUGACAGAAAAACAGUGAGCAAGUACCUGCGUCCUCUGCUGGUUGGGAAAGUGAGAGAAGAGGAAAGAAAAGUGAGUGAGCUGAUCCAUGACUUCCGGGACUUGCGUCAGAAGGUGGAGGACAUGGGUCUGUUCAAGGCCAGCAUCGUCUUCUUCACAUGGACGGUGGGUCAGGUGAUUGCCCUUGAAGCCUUGGCCUGGCUUAUCUUCUGGCAGUUCGGGACGUCCUGGGUGCCGUAUCUUGUAGCCACCCUGCUCCUGUCGACUGCGCAGGCCCAAGCAGGAUGGUCUCAACAUGAUUUUGGCCACUUGUCUGUUUUCAACUCAUCCAGGUGGAACCACGUCCUUCAUGUAUUUAUCAUCAAUUUUCUUAAAGGUGCAUCAGCUGACUGGUGGAACUACCGCCACUUCCAGCAUCACGCCAAGCCGAAUGUGGUGCGGAAAGAUCCAGAUAUACGAUUAGAUUAUAUUCUCUUGGUUGGCGAUAAAUUGCCAGUAGAGUGGGGCAAGAAGAAGAAGGGAGCCAUGCCUUAUCACCAUCAGCAUCAAUACUUCUAUUUCAUCAUGCCACCAUUGCUGCUGCCUCUGUACUUCAACUUUGAGAUUCCCUAUUUCCUCAUCUCCAGAGGGAAGUGGGCGGAGCUGUUCUGGAUGGGAACGUUCUUCCUCAGAUGGCACAUCAUCUUUUCCCCCUUUAUUAGUGUGGGGGGGAUAUUUGCCCUUUUCUUCUUUGUCAGGUUUUUUGAGAGCCACUGGUUUGUGUGGACGACCCAGAUGAACCACAUCCCUAUGGUGGUGGACAAGGACCACAGCCUCGACUGGGUUACCAUGCAACUACAGGCAACAUGCAACGUGGACCAAUCAGCUUUCAAUGACUGGUUCAGCGGCCAUCUUAAUUUUCAGAUAGAACAUCAUUUAUUCCCGACGAUGCCUCGCCACAACUAUCACAAAGUGGCACCACUUUGUAAAUCUCUCUGUGAAAAACAUGGCCUCAAGUACGAAUCUAAACCGCUCUUCAAGGCAUUUUCGGACAUCAUAGGAUCACUGAAAAGGUCGGGCAAGCUGUGGUAUGAAGCAUACCAUAUGUAACUUCAGGGUUGUAGGUGUGCAUUGUGUAGUGGACCUACAGGUGUCACCACUGCCCAGCAAUCAAAAGAUGAAACUUGAUGGCUCUCAUUUUGUUAACAAUCACUGAUCCUUGUUGAAAUGUGAGGAUGUAGUUUCUUACAUAAGGUACAAUGGUUUAUCGGGUUUUAUCUUAAAAACAAGAAAAAUAUGACUUCGAUUUGGUAAUUAUGAAUAAGGAAGUAUGAACAUGAACUUGUUUUUAUUUUAAUUUUUGUUUUUGAACAGUUGACAAUAAAUAAUCAGGGUAUAACAUCACGCUUUGAUAUUAAUGAGAAGUGUUCAAGUACAACCGUACAUGCCUUCAUUGCGUGGCUAAUUUAGAUGCAAAGGUGUCUGGAAACACUGUCUGGGGGAGGUAAUUCAAACUGCCUGGGGGAGGUAAUUCAAACUGCCUGGGGCUCAUUUUGACACAAUGGAGCAUGAGGUAGACUGCAGUUUUGCAUGUUGAAAUAAAAAUUGACAACUGACAGUUGACUCACUGGCCCAACCAAACAACAUCACCCAGCCCCAUCUUCUUUUGAAAUUCCUUGAAUGUUGUGAUUUAUUCAGAGAUGUCAACAGAAUAUGUUAUUUUAAACAAUAUACAUAUUUACAUGAAUAGAGUGUUUAUCAUUUCAAACCCUUUCCAUGAAUUAAUCAAAUGUAUUUACCCUGAAUAGGUCUUACACCAAACUAUUCAAAAUGUUGAUUUCCAAUGUCUGAGAGCAAAAGCCAUUUUCUAGUCAUAUUUGGAACCAAUGUCAUCAUCAUCAUCAUAAUCGUCGACGUAGGUAAUCAU